AUGGAAAAAGUUUAAAGCUACUCUUAAAUAACUUCACAUACUAUGUUGAGUCCAAUAAAUAAAAAGGUUAAGUUUAGAACUGACAAACGUGGAUUUCCAAUUCUAAAAGGAUCUAAAUGUCAUAGCAUAAGUUUUAAAGAUUAAAUCAAAUAAGGGGAACUAAUUACUAUAAUAUUGGUGGAGAGUUGGAAACAACUAAAUUAUGAUAAUAAACACAAUUAAAAAGUAACAGAAUGUUGUGUAAUCUAUUGA